AUGUUUGUCUUUAAUUUUUUUAAUUCAAAAAUUAUUUUUCAGAUCGAUAAAGAAUCCAAAAAACAUGGAGGGGAAUUGGUUGCUUCUGUCCUUAAAAUUUAUGAUACGAGACAUGAAGUGAAUGCUGUAUUUGCUGCUGAUGCAGGUUUAAUUUUUUUAAAGGUUCUGUCAGGGGUAUUUAAGUUUUCUCUUAAUAAAUUCGGUAAUGUUGAAUCUGACAGAUCCCAUUUUUCCUCCCCAAGUUUCUUCCUAUAUUUUUACAGAAUGAUCAGACUUUUUCCCUUCCAUCCCAAUUUACCUUUCUUCCAUCAAGGGUUGUAUUGGAUAGUAAAUAUAAUUUUGUUUUGGAUAGGAAAUAUAGGAAAGAAUUUGAGGAGAAAAAAGGGGGUCUGCCAGGUUCAAAUUACCAUGAAUUCUUUUGAGGAAUAUUUUCUAAAAAGUUUUAAAUUUAAAAAGUUUUACGGUGUUACAAACACAAUUACUUCCUUAAAAAAUGCCCAAUUGGCUGAAUCGCCUGUUAUUCUGUUGGCUGGUGCUGCUCCUUCAUUAAUGAAAGGCAAAGGAGCACUACAGGACAUUGAUCAAAUCCCAAUAAUUCAAUCAAUGUGUAAAUUUACUGCAAGAAUUAUAAAUGUUGGAGAUAUAGUUCCAAUACUUCGUGAGGCAAUUUCUGUUUCUCAAUCGGGCACUCCUGGGCCUGUAUUUAUUGAGUUCCCAUUGGACGUUCUUCAAUCCUAUCAGGAAGUUCUUAGAGAUGCCAGCCUUAUAAAAAACCCUGAUACACCAGAAAAGGUUAAAUUAAGAAAAUAG